CGAGAGUUGGCGUCGCUUCUACUGCAGGUAAAGCGGGACAGAUUUGUCAACAAGAUUUGAUGCUUUUGGUUGGUAUGCGCAGGAAAAUGAGACGGAUCCGUUAACGAGCUGCGGUGCACUUCGGCGCGAUACACAGAGAGCGGCUGUCGAACAGACUGGAGGAAAGAGAGAGAGCAACAACACCUUGUCUUGGCGAGAAAGAAAAAAAGAAAAGAGAUCCCGUUGUCACCGUUUUGUCGGAAGCACGCAUUUCUUCGCCAAGGAACUUCGAAAGCUGCGGAUUUUUUGUGAAACAUUAUCCAACAAAGGAUGAAAUCUGCUAAAAGAGUCUAUGAAGAGGAGCAUGGUGGAGAGACGGAGUUUUCCGCUAUGUCGGACAGUGACCCCUGCGAGGAUGACAAUUACCCGCUCAAUCUUUCGACCGGUGCCGGAGGAGCAGGGGGUUCCGCCAAGCGUCGCCGUCGCGGAAACCUGCCCAAAGAAUCCGUUCAGAUUCUGAGGAGUUGGUUGUACGAGCAUCGUCUCAAUGCCUAUCCCUCUGAGCAGGAGAAGCUCAGCCUAUCAGGGCAGACUAAUCUGUCUAUCUCGCAGAUCUGUAACUGGUUCAUCAAUGCCAGACGACGGCUGCUUCCCGACUUGCUCAGGAAGGAUGGAAAAGACCCCACUCAGUUCACCAUUUCCCGCCGCGCUGGCAAAACAGACAGUCGACCAGUCGGCUCCUCUUCUCCAGACCACGCUACCCCUCCCUCUGUGCCCACACCCCGCCCCUCUGUCAUUCGCCCCGCCCCUACGUUGGAUUUGAGCAUGCUGGGUAACACAGCGACAGCCAUUUUGGCAGGGGCUGGCUGCCUGGUGGGCUCCGGUGUAACAAAUCGAGAUGGAGGCGUCAAGGCUCUUAUGCAGAUGGACACUCAGGGUUUGCUGAAAAAAGAAGGUUUAGCUGGCUCUCCUAACCCCAGCAUCACUACCAUUCCACCCUCUUCUUCCAGCAGUUCAAGCCUGGGUACGAUGAGCCCUACUGGGGUGCUGUUCAACACGCCACCCCCUACCCCACCGGAGCUGUGCCCUCACGAUUUUAGUGACCUGAAGCUGUUAGUGGACGCAGCGCUACAGAGAGCUGCCGAGCAGGAAAGCCAGAGACAGAAGGAGCAGCAGCAGCUACCUUCAGCUACAGCACCCCCUGCUGUUUCGGGUACAGAAUCUCUGAGCAAGGACCUAGAGCGAGAAAGGAGCAGCAGAAGCUUGGUUCCUGUCUCCAGCAGCCAGUUGGACUCUGCUCUGAGCCUGGAGGAGAAGGGUGUUCUCCCAGUGUCUGUGCCAGUGUUAAAUGCUUCAGCUCUAGCACCCCCUUCUGGAGGGCCCAGUGUCAGCUUGGCGUUGGUGCCCCAGAGGGUCACUUCAGCUGUGAGUUUCCAGCCAAGCAGCGUGUGGAGUGUGGUCCACGGCCCAGUGCGACCAGCCAGUCCAAGCCCAAGCAGUGUCACGCACACCUGGAGUUCACAACAUACACUCCAUGCAGUCAGGGAAACGGUCAAUUGAGAGAAAUUAUACCAGGACAUGUGCGUGCAAGCGCGCUCAGUUAUAAGGGACGAAAAACAAAGAUUAGAAAGUACAUUCCCUUUCAACCAUUUAAUGAAUGCAACAUCUCUGCUGUGGAUUCUCUUAUUCAUGUAUCUGUCGAAGUCUCUUAUUUAGGUUGGAGAAGGACAACCAUGUGACAGUAAUGUUACUGUUGAAUUCGGUUGCCCUAAUAAUCCCCGGUUGUCAUGGAUGUCCUCUGAUGGUUGCUAGAUAACCAGCUGGAAACUUUUUGCGUAUGUGUCAGAUAACCUGAUUGUAGAAUCAGACACCAAGAUCACCUUAUAUUGACAAAAGAUGUUUUUUAAGCAGCAAAACUUUUAAAUGACUUUCACAUUAUCACUACAUGAGAAGUAUUUAGUGUCUUGUCACUUCUGCACAAUAGCAAUUGAGCAUUUGAUAAUAUUGGGCCUAAAAAUACUAAACUGGGCAUUUUCAGAUUCCUACUAACAGUUUUAUCCUGGACUUCCAUAAACACCAGCAGAGUUAGUCAUGUGGUACAAGAUGAGAUGCAUCCGUUAUUUCAGUGUUUUCUGUAUCAGAGAAAAUACUUUUUAAAAUGGUGGAAUUUGCUUUCAGGACUGACAUUUGGAGUUAUACAAGUGGCCUUGCUCAGUAUUUGCCUUAGAAGUUUGUGAAAGUUCUUCUAUACUUAAGAACUGCAGUUAGAUUGUGUUUGCCUGUAUGCAUCAAUGUCCUGUCCUAGGGUUAGAUCAGUAGACUCUUAUGUAGCAUGGCUAGCUAAUUUUAUGUGUGACUCUUGAAUGCUCCUAGAAAACCAGCAUGCUAAGUGUCUGAUUGCUGGUGGUUUGAAAAUCAGCGUCUGUUAGAGAACUGAGGACCAAGCACCUGGAUGUAAAAUCCCUGUUCAGUCUAGGAGUAGAUCUACUGUGUGUGCUAAAACCUCCUCCCAUACUGUAGCCUCGUACGUUAUUUGAUACCUCGUUCCAGUUGCCUGAAACCACUGCAAAUGAAACCACUACUUCCAAGGAUCAACUUUUCCAGACUGUUUUCUCUCACAUCUGUGUUUUUGUAUGGUCAUUUGUACAUUCUGCACUUUAUUUCUGUAUCUUUCAUUGCUGCCAGUACUUGUAAACAUGAUCAUGUUCAAUGUAAACUGAAACCCUUUUACGCUGCUCAUUCCCAAAUUAAGGUCAUAGAGAUUUAUUUUUUCUUACUCUAAAUCAUCCCAAAUCGUCUUCCCCAGCCCACUCCGCCCUGCUUUGUGUGCAGUGUCUGUGUAGUAAGAUCUAAAGAUGAGAGUGAGGAGACAGAUGGGUGGGAAAUUGAUUGUACUGCAGAGCACAUAGCUCAGCAUGACUGCGCCUCUGCAGCGACCCUGUCCAGACAGAUAGCAGCAGAGUGGUCAUUGAUUUCUUGAGAGCCAUGCUGUAUUUUGCCUUUCCGUGUCAGACACGUUUUAACUGGGUUGUAGUCCUUUUACCAAAUUAAAUGUGGGUGGUCAUGGUGUUACAGGGCUGUGGCACACUGACCCAGCGUUCUCCAGAAAACGCUUUCAGAAUAAGAGCUGACAAGCAGCAUGAAGCAGUGAGAAUGGAGGAAAAUAUUUUAGAACAGCGUGACUGGAGGACAACGUUACAGAGCAGGGAAGGGAAGCCGAGGGCUGGAGUCCAGCACAGGUUGGCGUUUUCUUUGCUCCAACUUUCUAACCGAGCCUGACCAUCGACUGAUGAGUCACAUCAAGUGUGCUUGAGCAGGAAAAGCCCCCAAACGUAGCCUUUCACCACCAGCGUUCCCCACCUCUGUUCUAGAGACUUCCCCACGAUCACACACUGGUGCAUCAACCCAACUUUGAGUUUGUUGUUGUUUUGAAAACUUUGGGCUGGUGUGCUCCAGGCUUUAGAGGGAACAAAGCCUCAUUUUGCUUCCAUGAGAUGCCAUAAAUGUUUUGUCUUGUUUGUGUCUGAUAAAGACAGUGCGGGAGGGAGCAGAAGUGAGAGAUACGUUACAGUGAUCAGUGUGGGAGCUCUAUUGCUGUGAGCCAGUUUUGUUUCUCCAAGACUUGAGGGACGGAGUCACUAGUAGUAUUUCGAUACCUGUAUUGGCUGACACUGUUAUUUUGGAGUUUGUACCUUUUUAAACCUAUAUUCAGUAAUGGGCAAAAGUUUACAGAUUGUCUACUGAUGUAUUGCUAAAGGUUAACAAGGAUGCAUUAUGGGCAGCCGCAAAGUAUGUCCGUGCUUGGGAUUUGAUAUGCAUUGCUGACAUGACGUUGAUACUUUCAUGGUUGGCCAUGGUUGGUAUUCAGCCUUAGUCUGCAUGCUAGUAGGCAUUAUUUUUAAGCCUUUUUUUAACUUUAUGACCCAAUUGUUUCAUGUUUCACUUCACUUUCCUCAGAUCUUUGUUGAUUUUAUUGUAACCCCAGCCCUCUGAUAGUGGCCUCAUUUCUUUCUAUGGUCAUAGUUUCCAUGAAACUGUUGUCAUGUAUUAUUGCAGACAUGCCUUUUUCUGUCCUGAUUUUAAUGUUUUUUAAAAUUUGUCAGUUUGUGCCUGUCUAAGCAUGAGGUAUGUGUAUUUAAUGCAUAUUAUCUUUCAGUUUACUUACAGUGGUGCCAUUUUCUUGUCGUUAUGCCUUUUUUAUUAUUAUUUUUUUUUAUUUUUUUUU